AUGAGGCGGUCCACGGCGGCGGGAGUGGUGCCAAGGAGCUGUAGUGUUGGGAUGGGGAGGAUUGAUGAAGAGAGGCCUUGUGAGUUUGGGGAUAACAAUUACAACGGUGUUAAUGUUAGGAAGGAGUUGUUGGUGUAUCCUAGAAGCAGAAGUUAUGCUGUCACAAAGACAAUUUCAUUUCAACUCUAUGAUCUCAAGCAGCAAAGAUUCAUAGAGAGACAGGAGCUUGUGAGGUAUUUUGAAUUGUGUUGUGUCUAUAGCUCUUCAAUGAAAAUUUCUAUUGAUUUGGUUUUAAUAUGUCGAAAUGAGGCUGAAAAAUGCUUAAUUGAAACGUCUAUAAAUUCAUUGCGCAUAAGCCUGAAGAAUGGAACCUUAGAAGAGGUGAAGAAUAUAGUUUCUGUCCUUAAUGCUAGUGAAGUGCCUUCUCAGAAUGUUGUGGAGGUGGUUGUGAGCCCGUAUGUGUUCCUACCAUUGGUAAAAGAUUUGUUGAGGCCUGAUUUUCACAUUGCUGCUCAAAAUUGUUGGGUCAAAAAGGGAGGUGCUUUCACUGGUGAGGUUAGUGCAGAGAUGCUCGUCAAUAUGGGCAUUCCUUGGGUCAUUCUUGGUCAUUCUGAGAUGAGGGCUCUGUUAAAUGAAUCAAAUGAGUUUGUUGGAGAUAAGGUUGCAUAUGCUCUUUCUCAAGGUUUGAAGGUAAUUGCUUGUAUUGGAGAGACUCUUGAGCAGCGAGAAUUAGGAUCUACCAUGGAUGUUGUUGCUGCACAAACUAAGGCAAUUUCAGCUGAAACAUUGAAUGAAAUCCUCUACUGGGAUAGUAAAGAUAAAUAACACUGCUGAAACUAGCUCAUUGCCGAGAAGAUGCCAAGUAUGUCAAUUGCUUUCCUGUCUUCAUUAGCUCAUUGCCAAGAAGAUGCCAGAGUUGCUGGAUUUUGAUAAGGAUCUCGUUCAUUUGGAAGCAGCCUCUAAGAUCCAAUUAAAGUCUUUAGCUGAAGAAAUGCAAGCUGUGAGUGAAGGUCUUAAAAAGGUUGAGCAGGAACUCACUGCUUCAGAGAAUAAUGGUGCCAUCUUUGCAAGCUUCCAAAAGGUAGGGGACAUAUUUGGGACACUAGGUUACCUCUUCGUUUUUUUUUUUUUUUCAAAUUUAUGUUGGAUCUUCAUAGAUGUACAUAAUUCUAGUUUCAUGACAAAACUGGUGUAUGUUUGUUGACAGUGAUGCUGAGAUAUAAAAUAAAGAGGAUUUGCCAAUAUUGAAA